AUGGAACGCAUUGCCGUUGUAACUGGUGGGAACAAAGGUAUUGGUUUUGCAAUUGUCAAAGGACUUUGUAAACAGUUUGAUGGAACAGUUUAUUUAACUGCACGCGACGAACAACGCGGUUUAAAUGCAGUUAAAGAAUUGGAAAGCGAAGGAUUAAAGCCAAAAUUCCAUCAACUUGAUGUUACCGAUGAUGACAGUAUCAAUAAUUUUCGCGAUUACUUACAAAAAGAACACAAUGGAUUGGAUGUAUUGGUUAAUAACGCAGCAAUUGCUUUCAAGACAAAUGCAACUGAACCUUUUGGACAUCAAGCAGAAGAAACUGUAAGAGUUAAUUACUUUAGUUUGAGGAAAGUAUGUGAUAAACUUUAUCCAUUACUAAGACCACAUGGUCGUGUUGUACACGUAUCCAGUAGUGCUGGUCGUCUAUUAAAUCUAACCGGUGAAUCAUUAAAAAAGAAAUUAUCUAACCCGAAUUUAACGGAAGAGGAAUUAGAUAACCUUAUGCAUGAAUUUGUUGAAUCAGCAAAAAAGGGUACUCAUUUGGAAAAAGGUUGGUCCAAUUCAGCUUAUGUUGCCAGUAAAGUAGGUGUUUCUGCUUUAGCAGGCAUACACCAGAUUAAAUUUAAUAAUGAUUCCCGUAAAGACAUAGCAGUAAAUGCUGUACAUCCUGGUUACGUAGAUACAGAUAUGACAAGUCAUAAAGGAGAGCUUAAACCUGAUCAGGGUGCAGAAGCUCCAAUUUAUUGCGCAUUGCUACCAAAUAAUACUGAAAUAAAAGGAAAAUAUCUAUGGUACGAUAAAACUCUAGCAGAUUGGAAAAAGGCUUAA